AUGAUGCAUUCAUUAGUGUUAGUUGGGUUGCUCUCAUUUUUAUCUGGCAUACUUGCCAAUACUGUUCAACAAUUCCCAAUUAUCAACGAAGUGAUUGGCGGCAUUCCUCUGGCCAACCAUAGCUCAUCUAAGAGCAAAAUUCGACUUGAAGCCAACGGUGCCAUAAAAGACGCUAUCGCACCCGGUACUCUGCGUUAUAUCGAGAACUCUGGAAUUUGUGAAACAACCAAAGGAGUUUACCAGGCUUCCGGCUACGCCGACUUGACCGCUCGGCAGAGCAUGUGGUUUUGGUUCUUCGCUGCGCGCAAGAAUCCUGAUACAGCCCCUCUCGCGCUCUGGUUAAACGGUGGACCCGGAAGCUCGAGUAUGAUUGGGCUGUUCCAGGAGAAUGGACCUUGUCGUAUGAACGAGGACGAGUUGACAGUUAGUCAUAACCCAUACUCAUGGAAUGAGUACGCAAAUAUGCUAUACAUCGACCAGCCUAUCGGUGCAGGAUACUCUUAUGGCCAAGAAAUAGUUGAGUCCUCAAAGGAAGCCGCUGUUGCACUAUGGAAUAUGCUUCAAAUCUUCUUCUCUGACCCAAAGUUCAGCGGGUACGCAUCUCGCGAUUUUGCUAUUUGGACCGAAUCCUACGGAGGACACUAUGGACCCGCUGUCUCGGCAUAUUUCUUAUCACAAAACGAUGCUAUCGACGUAGGAACAGUCACCGGGAUUAAAAUUAAUCUGAAGGUUCUCAGCAUCGGGAAUGGGAUGACCGACCCAUACGCACAGUACCCUGAGUUCAUAACGUAUGCAUUGUCGAACCCAUACCAACGACCUCUCGUGAGCGACUCGACAAUUACAAAGGCCAAUAACUCGCUGUAUGCGAGUCCCGAUGGGUGUUUAGCCCGGAUCCAAAGAUGCAAUAAUCAAGGGAGUAACACCGACUGCAGCUUGGCGCAAGCUAUCUGCAACGGACAGGUUCUGGACGUCUUGUCAGGCGAUUAUGAUGUCUAUGAUGUUCGGGUGAAGAAUCCGAAUCCAUACCCAUAUAACCCAACUGCACUCCUUCAAAACACAACCUUUAUGGCUCAAAUAGGAGCCCUGAGCACUUGGCAAGCAGUUAGCUAUGACGUGUAUUACAACUUUGCCGGAAAUGGAGACUGGAUGCGGAGUUCAAGUCCAGACCUGGAAAAGGUCAUAAAUGCAGGGGUUCGUACUUUGGUCUUGGCCGGAGAUGCGGAUUAUAUUUGCAAUUACAUGGGGGUUGAAGCCACAGUGGAUAGAUUACAGACCAAAUUUACUUCAGAGUUUCAACAACAAGGCUGGAGCAAUUGGACGGUUUCCGGAUAUCCAGCUGGAGUGUACAAGAACGCCGGAACUUUUUCUUAUCUUCGAGUAUACGAUGCUGGACACGAGGUUCCAGCAUACGGAACAGAUAAACUGGAAGUCGGGCAGGCAGCCUUGGAAUACUUUGUUCAAGUUAUGCAGGGAAAGUCUAUUUCGUCCACCUGA